CGACACAAGUCAAGAUACUUUGCCAACAGUCACCUACCCUAGGUAAAAUGAUGUUAUGCGCGCAGCAUCUGGUCUUGUAAUGCUCAAAAUUGCAAUCACCAAGCAACAAAAAAUACGUGUACCAAACGAGCAGCAAUCCAGCGGCUAGUUGUGCUACAUUUUGUUGGUACUGUUUACCAAAGCGUGAGGCCUCGAUGUGGUGAUUCCGUUAUGUAUAUAAACCACCAUGAAUUGCUGCCCUGAAGACUCUGAAUUCGGUCCAAGUCAACCCAAGCUUAUACUUAAUCUGUGCACAAUACUCUAUCUUUGACUAACAUCCAUUAUGGCCCGAUCAAAGGCUGAUCCUAACUCCCAAGCUGCUCGGGGUCCACGAGGACCAGGCAAGAAUGAUCAAGUCAAGCUUCUACGUCGCUUCUAUGAGCCGAUAAACCUUCUCUUCGCUCUUGGCAAGACCAGGGGCGAACGCACCAUAACCUCCGAAAAUGACGGGACAGACGAGUUCAAGCGGCGCCAGUUCCUCAACGAUCUGGCCUACAUCUGCGACUUUACCAAGGGUGGAGCCACGACGACUGCCAUUGCUGUCGAGGACUGCGCCGAACAAUACAUAUUUUGGUUUGCUCUCAAUGCUACCGGGGUCGUGGCUGACCGUGCCGAGCGCUUCCUGGGCACGAGCCUGAGCACUAUUCAACAGAGCCUUGGGGACGAAACAGCUGCCGCCAAGGAGCAGUCAACUCAAAGGCUCACCGCUGACAGUAUGCAAGCGGCAAAGAGUCGGGUCACCACCGAACUCCGAUUUCUUCAGCAGCACAUCAAUCGCUGCAUCCCAAAGCUUCAGGAAGGGGCUCAAGAUAAUCAACGUCUUUUGUCGUGGAUGAGGGUCUUUCAAGAUCCCAAGCUGGAUCAUAUGGAGAUAUGCUCUCUCGCAUAUAACCACAGGCACGACUCUCAGAUGGCAAUCCUGAGAGAAAAAGGGCUGCAUUGUUGGUCUAGUGCCGAUAUCACUGACGACUCAAUGUCCUCCUACUCUGGUGUUCAGCACUACAUCGGACGGCUAGCCGAGCACAUACGCCGCCCGAUGCGGCUGAUUCAGAAUUCGACAUGUUUCCAGGAAGUCUUGGACAAUCCUUUUACAAUCCGUCGAACGCCAUCAAUCCCUGGGGUCCGAGUGCCUCCCCCAGACAGCGAGACGACGCUCGACAAGAUUGUCAAGCGUAUGCUGCCAGCGGACCACCCCAAGCUGGGAGAGAUCCAAGCUGCUCUCCAAAAGUUCGACGGGCAUCAUAAGAUUCUCGAUUUAGUCAUGGCUCAGUACAAUGACAAACCCCGCUGUGUACAUGCCGAGAUCCAGGUGUUGGAGCACUUCUGGGCCACAAAGAAGCUAUUUGCCUUUAACGAGCGCUUCAUCGGCUGCAGCAAGUCUGCCUGUUACUGCUGUAAGCGGUACAUUGAGGCCCAUAGAAUUCGCUGUUUUGUCCCGGACUCGCACGAGAACAUCUAUCCCACCUGGAGUCCGCCGCUCCUCGGGAUACAGGACCCUGAAUUCUCAGAGAAGAGAAAGGCCCUCCAGUGCAUCAUAGAUUCCGUUCGCGCCUCCGCUAUUGAACAGAUAUCUCAAAAGAGUGGGCGUAUCGUACACCCGCAUCAGGACUCGGCCACGGCCAUCACCAGAUCUAUGGCAGGGACUGGAAGCAUUGUGCGGGCUGGCCACAUCCCGAUCACCUCUGUUGGGGCUCUACAUCCUACUGCUGCUUGGUUGACUGGUGCAACUUCACCACCGUUGACCAUCUCUGAGGAUGACACAGAACCCGACUCUGACGCCUUUGCUAGACUUGAUCUCUCAUCGUCGUCGGACAACAACAGUUUGGGGUCUCCAGCAACCAGCAUAUCGUCUGCUCCUUCUUCUCCAACCCUGGACGAACUUGAGCCAGAUUCUGACAGCGACUCGGAAGACUACGGUGGCGUUUUGCUCUAUGGACCUGGUUCCCGACGCUGAUGGUUUGAGUCUCAUUUGGUUACACUUUGCUUACUGAGUCUAUCCAUUUCCGUUGAAUAACUCUUUUAUUUCUAUGUCAUUCUCCUUUUUUCCUUUGUCUUUGUUACAGUCACUUUCCUAGCUUUUCGCCUCCUGUGACGGAUAACGUUGGCGUCAGUCAGAAACCCUUAACUGAGUGGCGAAGCAACGUUUCCGAUUCUUCAUGAUCUACAGUAUCGGAUUUCUUUCCCUAUCAGACAAACAAAGUGCACACAACAGGCUCAGUAUGCCGGCCGAGACAAGGUGUUAUUUUUCUUCUUCUCCUUUCUUUGGAUCGAACAACUCGGAUUGCUAUUGGAAGAGCUGCCAUAUGUUUGCCUCCCGGGCAGAGAGGGGCGUUUUUGUGCAGACCAGGCUCCGGUUUUCAUGUCACACGGAAACAUUACGGGUGCGGAAUGGGACUGGAACAAUAUGUCGGGAUAAAACCCUAUGGCUUGCUUGUCUUGUAAGAGAUGGAGCGUGUACUUGCAUUCGCUCGAAACGUGGGGGACUUUUUGUGUGACCUGCAGGACAUAUGGAGUUUUUUUUUUCCUUCUUUUUUUUUUGCGACAACUUUUCUCAGCUGAAUACUAUGAGCGAAUGAAUUCUUUUUGUGGUAAAACUUCCCGCUACAUCUGGCAACAAACGGCAUCUGAGCGCAUGCAGCCACCCCUCAAUUCUUUAAACGUUCAAAAUUCUGUUUCGGGCGUUGAAGACUUGGUGUUUUGGC